AUGUCUACCUCUGGUUCCCAGUCUCAAAAAACCCUAGCCAGGCUUUCAGUGGAUGACUUCCUAGAGAAACAGAGUCUCCCAGUGGACUUUGAGUCAUGGACCAUCGAAACCUUCAAGCAGAUACAGCAGGUACGUGGCGAACUAAAUGAGGGCGGACCUGAUGCACUUGAAAUAACAAUCAUCCAGCUCAAGGAGGCAACUGUAAAUGCCAGGGCAGAUGGUGCACCCCCGGAUGUACUGGAGGCCCUUGCGGAGUGUUUGGCCAAGGCAAGAGAGAUACACGUAUCCAGGGACAUCAAGAUACACCCAGUGCAAGUGUAUAAGCCAAACAUGGCGCAUCUACGUGCCAUCUUUUGUGCCCUUGAUCUGGAUCGGGACCUGUUGAAAUGGACUCCUGAAUCUCGUGGACAGGUCGAAUGGCAGAAAGCGGCGCAGCGCUUUCUGAACUUCACGUACAAUUGUAUCCGUGCAAAGUCGCCUGCGGAUGUUGAGGACAAGGCCUUUGCAUGUUUUGUUAGAGCUUGUGAUUUCGCUGGGUUCAAGGACGGAGAACUUCCCCCACCCAUCUCAAUGUGA